UAUCCAUGCAAGAUAUGGGCGACCCCCAGGGGGAGGGCCUUCUCUGUGGCAGCACCUGCCCUUUGGAACGACCUGCCCCCGGAGAUACGUAUGAUACCAGAUCUCCGGGCUUUUCGCCAUGCCCUAAAAACCUCUCUUUUUCACCAAGCAGGGCUGGCGUAACCCCCCCCCCCUUUUAUUUGAGAUGUUAGAUUUUUAAUUGUCUAUGGGUUUUAGUUGGGAUUUUAAUUUAGGCCAAAAUUGUGUAAUUCUUUUAACAAGUUUUAAAUUUUGUAUUGGGAUGUUUUUAUUUUGGCUGUGCACCACACUGAGAGUCCAGUAGGAGAAGGGUGGUAUACAAAUUUAAUAAAAUAAAAUAAAUAAAUAAGAUAAUACAGUGUACAGUACAGAAAAAUAUACAUUCCGUUAAAUUUCAAAAAAAUAAUAAAAACCUUACAACUCCAGACAGGGAUCGGGGAAAAAAAAUCAGAUUUGCACUUAAAAAAAUUCUUUACUGGAUACCCUCCCAACAUCUUGGAGGACCUGGAUGGGGAGGGGGGAGGAAUUGCCUGAGGAGGCCUCUCUAGGGGAAAGCACUCUCUGGUUGCAAUUUCCAAAGGCAUCCCAGAGGCGAGAAAGCCCCUCCUUUCCCUUCCUUUCUUUCCCUCAUUCCUAGUUGCAAAUUGGGGGGGGGGGGGAAUCUUGCAAAGGUGACCUUUAGAUGCUUCUUAUUGGUUGUUCCUGCAGUCGCCUCUUUCUCCCUGCGGAGAUCUUUCUGCUGGUCCUUCUUGAUCAUUUCCUAUGAGAUUUUCUCUGGUGCAGUUUUGGGGUCCUGGAGCUGCUGUUUGGGGGAAUCCCUCCCGAGGAUCCCUCCCAGAAGAGAUCACCAGAGACAAGAGCAUCAUCGAUGGUAUCUUGCAGAACAUCUAUUGUCUGUGGUGGAGGAAUAGCAGCAGUUAUGCUUUCAAGGAAGUCCCCACUAUUAGCAAGGUGCUUUGAUCCUAUUUCAUCUGUAUCCUUGGACUUUGUGGAAGGGUGUACAACAAAUGAUACUGCUACACAUUACAUAGACUGUGGUUAUAUUACAGAGUGCCUUCCAUGUAGAACCUAUCUUGGAACAAGACAGCUUCUUGCUACAAAAUGUUUCCUCCUGAAAUACAUUUUUCCCACAUGGAAGAAGAACAAGAAUUCCAUUUCUUUUGAAGAUGUAGCUGUGUUUUUCUCCAUGGAGGAAUGGGGCCUGUUGGACUUGAAGCAAAGAACCCUGUAUCGAGAAGUCAUGUUGGAAAACGCAAGGAACGUUGCCUCUUUAAGUGAUGAAUGGCAAAUGGAGGGUUCCGGACAAGAGGUAGCAGCACCUUUUCCAAAAGAAGAAAAAGAAGUUGUGAAAAGGUUGUUUGGAAAGGAAAGUUCUGAGGAAAACCAAUUAAAAGGGAGGCUGGAGAAAUGCUGUGUUGAUAUCAGUGUCUUCUUGGCUGAAGAUGAUCACCACGAAAAAGGAACGUGUCCAUCGUGUGGAAAAAUUCUUAGAGAUGAAUUGGAAUUAUGUGACUGUUCCAGUAGCCACACAGUAAAACAACAAAAUAAAAGCAGGAAACGCUUCAGAAGGACUAUUCCUCUUACCUUAAGUCAGGGCAUAAAAGUUGGAGAAAAACCAUAUAAAUGCCUGGAAUGCGGAAAGAGCUUCAGAGACUCAAGUUAUCUUACUUCCCAUAAAAGAAUCCACACAGGAGAGAAACCAUAUGAAUGCAAGGAAUGUGGAAAGAGAUUCCAUUUUGCCACAAGCCUCACUUCCCAUAAUAGGAGUCACACAGGUGAGAAACCUUAUGAAUGCCAGGAUUGUGGAAAACGCUUCACUAUCUCUGGUUCCCUCAUUUCUCAUAAAAGAAUCCAUACUGGAGAAAAGCCAUAUCAAUGCCAGCAAUGUGGGAAGAGUUUCAGAUCUUCAGGUUUUCUUAGUUCUCAUAAAAGGUUCCACACAGAGGAGAAACCAUAUAAAUGUACAGAGUGUGGAAAGUGCUUCACCAUUUCAGGUUCCCUCACUUGCCAUAAAAGAAUCCACACUGGGGAGAAACCAUACCAUUGCAAGAACUGCGGAAAGAGCUUCAGACAAAAAUAUCAUUAUACUGUACAUUACAGAAUCCAUACUGGGGAGAAACCAUAUAAAUGUCUGGAAUGUGAAAAGAGUUUCCGUUCUGCAAAACAUCUUAUUUCCCAUAAAAGAAUUCACACAGGGGAAAAACCAUAUAAAUGCCAGGAGUGUGGAAAGAGCUUCAACGAUUCUCAAGACCUUAUUGCUCAUAACAGGAUCCACACAGGAGAGAAACCAUGUAAGUGUAUGGAGUGUGGAAAGAGCUUCCGUUCUAAAAAACACCUUACUUAUCAUAAAAGGAUCCACAGAGGAGAUAAACCACACAAGUGUAUGGAGUGUGGAAAGAGCUUCCGUUCUAUAAAACACCUAACUUACCAUACAAGGAUUCAUACAGGGGAGAAACCAUAUAAAUGCCAGGAGUGUGGAAAAUGCUUCACUAUGCCAGGUUCCCUCACUUCCCAUAAAAGGAUUCAUAGUGGGGAAAAGCCAUAUAAGUGCAUGGAAUGCGAAAAGAGUUUCACAACCAGCAGUCACCUUAGUCGCCACAAGAGGAUCCACACAGGGGACAGACCACAUAAAUGCAGUGAAUGUGGAAAAAACUUUAUACGAAGUAAUGCACUUAAGAAACAUGGAAAGAUUCACUCAGAGGAAAAAUCCAGUAAGGUAGACUGGAAAGGGUUUCUGCAUUACUAGAAAUUUCGUAUGAUUCCAUUAUAAAACCCUAUAAAUGCAUGGACUGUGAAAAGGGCUAUAGUACUAGCACCAAUCUACUUCUGAUAUUUCACACAGAGAGAAACCAUAUACAUGUGGAAAUUCCAGAAUGGCAGAAUUGUUCUCACAAAAGCAUCCAGAACGGAGAGAAUCCAUAUAAUUGCUUAGUGUAUGAAAGAGCUUCACAACCAGAACUGACCUUAGUUCCCACAAGAGGAUCCACAUUGGUGAGAAAUCAUAAGUAUACGUUGUGUGGAAAGGAUUUUACUCAGCAUCAAUCACCUUAUGGGCAUAGGAAAAUUAGUUUGUGGGAAACUUACAAAACGCAAAAAUAAGUAACAGAUCCCCUAAAUGAAUUGUUUGACAAAAAGACCACAGGUAGCCCGCAAUUAUUGAAAUUACAACUGGCAACCCCAUUGCUAAAUGACAUUGUCACUAAGCGAAGUGUCAUGUGUCAUGUGUCUGUGCUAGACUGAUGUAAUUCCACAGUGGUGGUUAAGCAAAUAACUGCGGGAUAAGCACAACAUCACAUGAACAUAACUUGCAAUUGACUCUGCUUGUCAGAAGCUGGCUGUGAAGCUGGCUGCAUUUGACUACAAGAGUGAUGUAACGACCCGAUGUCCGAGAAAUGGCUGUAAAUGUACUUUUUCAGCAUUGCCUUUUCUUUCAUGUACACUGAGAGCAUAUGCACCAAGAUAAAUUCCAAUCACACUUGGCCAAUAAAAAAAUCUAUUCAGUUCA